AUGCACAAAGACUCAGCGAGCAUAAUUCUGAUGGUCAAAGACAAAGAACCAUGCUGUAAGUGUCUCCAGUACAUCAAUGUACAGGGAAAGGUUUCGUUCACAAUGAGAACGGACGAAGAUGAGAAUCAGCAUUUUGUGCACAAAUCGUUCUUCCACUUGAAAAGGAUUAAUCCAGAGAAUUGCUCAAAGGUGACGAGCGGUCAUCCACCUGAAAAUUGUAGACUACCACCCAGUCUACCAAAAUCACCAAAGCAAAAAACUUUAACUCUCGGUGCAGGAUUCCGAAUGCCUCGACAUAUUAUACUUGACGUAAUUGAUCUCAUUCGUGAUGACAUUGAACCUCAAACCUCGAGGUCACAUGCCAUCCCAGCCACACUGCAAACACUGUGUGCGCUUAGGUAUUACGGAACGGGGAACUUUCAGACUGUCGGUGGAGAUAUCGCAGGGAUAAGUCAGCCAUCCGUGUCCAGAAUUGUGGCUCGUGUGUCCACAGCAUUUUCUAGAAAAGCAACACAAAUUAUCCGAUUCCCUAGGGCACAGAAUGAACAACAACAAAUUAUGGCAGGGUUUUAUGAAAGUAUCCAAUUUCCAAACACCCUUAGGUGCGUUGACGGGAGUCUCAUUCGCAUCAAGUGUCCGUCGGUUGAUGAACAUGUAUAUGUAUGUCGCACAAAUUUCCAUUCACUAAAUAUUCAAGGCAUUUGUGAUAAUAACAAGAAGUUUACCAAUUUGGUAGCCCGUUGGCCAGGAUCUGCGCACGACACUUUCAUUUGGAACAAUUGUAAGCUAAGUGAAGAUUUUGAAAAUGGAAAUAUCCAUGGUUAUCUCUUGGGAGACAGUGCUUAUCCCUUACGGCCGUGGUUGCUGACGCCGAUUGCCAAUCCACAAAAUGCUGCAGAAGACAGAUACAAUAGACAUCAUCGCCAGACACGCCAACAAAUAGAAGGGACAUUUGGAAUUUGGAAGUUGAGGUGGCUUUGUUUACAUGCUUAUGGUGGAGCCCUUAUGUUCACACCAGACCGAUGUGUGAGAGUAAUUACAGCCACUGCCGUAUUACAUAAUAUUUACUAAAAAUAUGGAGUUCCACUGCCACCUGACGCUCCACUGAAUUCAGAUGAUAAUCAAGAUGAUGGUGUGAAUCCACCAAACCCCAGUUUGCAACAGAACGAUGGUCGCCAAGUGAGAGACGCACUUGUUCUUGGCCAUUUCACAAGAUAACUUGUAAACAUAUCUAACUGUUAGUGAAAAAAACACAACAAGCAAUAUUUCAUUUUUGU